GAUUGUAUUUGAAUAUUUCGUCGCGCGCUUGCGCUCAUGCUGACCUCUAAUGUCCCAUGAGUGUCCCAUGCCAGCAUACCAACAAGCUCGGGAGCGCGUCAGAAAGGGAAAGGUUUCAGCGUUCAAUCGACUGCAUUCUAUACAUGAAGAUGCCGCGUUCGUGUCAGAAUUCAGAGCGUUAUAUCCACACCUCCCCAUAGUAGGCAACCAGCGGUGUGGGACGUGGUAUGUGGACCCGGCCACGGCAUUGAACGAGCCCGCAUACUUCAAAUCAACUGAUGGCCACUACGGUCGAUGGGAUUUCAAUAUGCGCCGGGCGAACCUCAAUCUAAUCCCCAUUGUGGAGAAGUCUGGGGGGAUCAUUAUUGUCGAUUCAACCCGCCGUGGAAAGCGCUUCCCUGAUGCUCUCUCCAAAACUAUCCCAACCUGGUGUUGCGUAAUCAAUCGAGCCUCCAAGGCCAAGCGGGAUUUGACUGAUUGGGACGACAAACUAUACACUCCUCCGAUUGCCGUCUCCCCGUCCGAGCACGCUCAGAUUGAAAAUGGAUUGGAAGCAUGGACACAUAAUCUCUUGAGUUCCUCUUUUGACGUCAUCCAACUCACCAAACCCUUGCGGCCUAUAUGGAUUUCUCCCGCUUCCACACUAGAUCGUCUCGAUAUUUCCGAUCUUGACUUCUAUCCGGUGUUUUGCGUGUCUGCCUCGAAAUUGGUAGAAAACGAUGGGAUCGAGCGCAGGCUCGGGUAUGUAUACGUACAAGGCAGUGGAGAUGAUCAUGAGAUGUGGAGUAAGGGCCUCACCCCUCGUAUGUACUGGGAAAACGUAUCUAGAUUAAUAGCCACGCCAGAACAUCACUUAGAUGACCUUGUCAAGGAGAUUGCGGAAGGGUGGCCGAGGAGAUUGGACGGCUUACUCGGAUGCACACGCAGCCUCAGCCCCAUCAAAGCCGCAGGCGGCAGGAUCAUGCUCGGAGCCUGCGACAGCGCACUCGGGGCCAAGAACUGGCCCGAGGCUUGUGAUUGCCUCAUUCAGAUACUUCCCGGGGUGCCGCGUAUAGAUUAUGAUCGCUCCCAGAUAACACAACCCACUAAACCGGUAUUGCCAGAACUAGAAAAACGCCUCGACCUCCUAAGCUUUUCGAUCCCUCCCGCAAAACGAGCUCAGAAAUACUUUAUAUCUAAUUUCGCUCGUGUUCAUCUGCUGGACGAGGCAAAGCUGAGGAUGUUGGGAGUCGUGUGCUGGGAGGGCAAAGAUCUAUCUGCCGGUGUCGCCGUUGCAAUCUUGCAGUCUUUUUUUGACGAGGAUGGAAACCUUGAAGCUGACCAAUGCCUCAAAACUGCUUCCAAAGCGUCACUUCGAAGACGACUAGAGUGGGUUCAAGCCAGUCAUCCCGAGGCCAACCCAUCGCGUUCGACUCUAAAAAGAAUCAACGAGUUCUUUAUGUCGACCUCGCCUCACUAAAAGAUGAAGGAAAAUCGUAUGUUGGGUAUUAUCACAUGUAAAUUACAGUACAGUUGACACCAUAUACAACAAAUAAACAUCAAUCAGAC